AUGGCUAACAACGGUGUCUUCGUGCUGUCUCGUCCUCGGCUCGUCACCAUCGAGUUGCUCCAGCAAAACGCUGGAUUGCCUCAAGCCCAGGUAGCUGAAAGACUGGGCAUCUCGCUGACUGCCUUGAAGGGAGCAUGCCGGCAGCUGGGAAUCCCAAGAUGGCCAUGUGCGCGCCGCUUGGCUGCACAACAACAAGAGAACAGCCAAGACGCGACCCCCGACGACCCCUCUGCUGCUCCCUCCAGCAGCUUCUUUUCUUGUGAGUCCAUAACUCCACACCAUGUGCGCGAAGACGCUGUCUUGCAGCCAAGCAUGCAGAUGCCCGUAGAGAUGAUGUCGAGCGACCAUCUCCCAGGCGAGCUGCUACCUCCGUAUGAGCUCCCGAUGGCAUUGCAAGGGGGCUCUGAGGGCGGGUUGCACGAUAGGGUGGUGGUGGAUCCGGACUGGCUGGAGUGGUACAUGCAACCGAGCGGGAGAAUGGAAGAUGAAGGAGUCUCUAUCAGCUACACGGCUCCUACUGAACCUCGUCAUGGCUGA